AUAGUUGUAAUUGCCAAUUGGAUUAUUUUGUAAUGAUUACAUGUUUACAAUAAUAUGUUUGGACAUUUGGUUAUAAAUGAAUUAACUAUAAUAAUAUAAUAUUAGUAUCUUUAUCCGUAUUAGAUUCUAACAAUAAAAUUCGGUAUAUAUAGAUUUCUGAUUUUUAUGGAUACCAACAACUUGUAGCUUGUAGUUGAUAAGAAGUUAAAAUUACAUUAUUCAAUGUGACAUGUUGUCCCACAUUGGUCUUCAAUUUAAAUUGGCGUGUUCAUUUAUUUCAUUGUGACCUGUCCGCCAGUCUUUGCUUACCGUUUUUUAAGUUCUGAAUUUUUUUUAGCAAUUUCCAGUACGAUAUUUAAUCUUUUUUUAUACCAAUAGGCAUUAGGCACUCGGUAGUGUCAAUAGUUACUAAAUAGUAGUGUUUUUUUUUUUAAAUUUAUGUAAUCGCAAUUAUUAUUGCGAGUACCAUAGAAAGUUAUUCUCUUAAUGAAUACAUAGGAGCAAUUAUGGGCGAUUUAGAAGUGCUGACUCCACUGAUAAAUAGUCAAGAUUCACUGUGUAGUCAGGAUCAAAUAUCUAUAGCAGAGCAUUUAAAUGUAUGGGGGCGUUUGUAUCCGGAGAACGAAUGUUUAAAAAUUGAAGACUUAGUGAAGGAUAAUUAUAAUGCAGGUCGUCAAACUAAUGAUGUUGACUUUCAAUUUACAAAAGAAUGCUUUAGUUUAAAAGUUAUGAAUCAUAUAAGCAAGAUUCAUUUCACUAUAAACCGCGAAAAGAUUGGGACAUUAGAUCAUGUAGUGUUUAUUACAGACACAAGUGCAAAUGGUACAUUUUUAAAUGGCGAAAAAAUUGGAAAAGAUAAUCGUUGGAUUUUAUCAAAUAAUGACAAAAUUUCCGUUGUUUCCAAAGCUAAUUAUGUAUAUACAUUUACUGAUAAACGUUCAGAUUAUUUAAAUUAUCCACAAAAAGUUAGAAAACAAUUUGCUGUUUAUGGAAUAUUGGGACGAGGAACUUUUGGUGAAGUCAGAUUAGCUUUUGAAAAAAAAACUUCAAAAUGCUUUGCAUUGAAAAAAGUGAACAGAGAGAGUUGUAUUGUGUUAAGAGAACCUGAUAUUUUAUCAAGCUUAUCACAUGUAAUUCCAAAUAUUGUGAAUAUGGAAAAUUUUAUUGAUACUACUGAUGCGAUUUACAUUACUUUGGAAUACAUGCCUGGAGGAACUUUAAAGCAACUAAUAGAAAAUACAAAACGUUUAAAAGAAUCAGAAUCCAAAAUAAUUUUAUAUCAAGUUGCUCGAGCCGUUCAGUACUUACACAAUAGGUCAAUUGCUCACAGAGAUCUUAAACCAGGAAACAUUUUACUCUCCGAUAAGUCUCCUUUAAGUGUUGUAAAAUUGGCUGAUUUUGGGCUGUCUAAGAAAAUAACUGAAAACACACAUUUGAAAACAUUUUGUGGUUCAUUAGCAUACCUUGCUCCAGAAGUGUUUUCAAAUCGAAAAAUUAUAACUCAAUCAUGUAUUAAAUAUACUAAUAAGGUAGAUUCAUGGAGUUUUGGUGUUAUUUUAUAUGAAUGUUUAAGUGGUUAUAAACCUUUUGUUGGUGAUCAUAUAGAAGAAAAGAUUAUUAAAGGAGUAUACAAUUUAUCUAAACUUAAAUGCUUUAACACUACGAAUGUCGCACAAGAUAUUAUCAAGCAGUUAUUAACAACUGAUUACAAUAUGAGGUUUGAUUUUGAUAAAAUAUUGAAACAUAUUUGGUUUGAAAAAGAUAUGCUUAUGAAGGAGAAAGUUGUUAAUCUCAUUGCUGAAUUUUCAAAUAGCACAAAGCCUAGUAAUAAUUUUUCAUCUAAUAAAGAAAAUGUUACAAAAAAAAUUAAGUUUUGUUCCUGCCUUGCACAAGAUACUUGUUCUGAAUCUCUACGUACCUGAAUAGAUUUAAGUAUGUACUUAUAAGUUAUACAAGAACUAUACAUUUUUUUUAUAUUACCAUGAAUUAUUAGAAAAUAAUGUUAAGUUUAUUUUAAAUUGAAUCAUUUUUUUUUUUUUUGUUAUUGACUGUUUAAAGUGUUAAAAUCAAAUUCCUUAUUAUUUAUUAUGUUUAUUGUAUUAAUUAUUAAAAUGCUGACAUAAUUUA